CGUGGCCACGCCCUCCCCUCCACGGCGUGCGCCGCGCGUGCGGACAACUGGCGCCUCGGAGGACUAGCGGGCUGCGCGCCGGGGUGGGGGUACCGGAAGGUCGCAGACCUGCGGACUGCGCUCUGGCGGCGGGGGUCGCAUCGGCACCUGCUGACAGCGCUCAGAGGUGGUGGCGGGGCGCACACGGGACCUGCGUACUGCGUCUUGUGGGGUGCACUGAGCAUCUGCUGGGAGCCGGGGCCCACUGGGGACCUGUGGACUGACCUGGGGGAAGCGGGGCGCACAGAGACCUGCGGACUGUGCCCCGGGGACGGGAUUGGGGACGCCCUCCCGGCUUGGUCUUUGCAGGUUGUGUGUGCAAAGGGGAGGGCGAAGCGUGGCAGGAGGGCGAGGCAAGGGAAGGAGGGCGUGAGAAAGGAGGCGGCGGCGGCGCGGAGGAGGGUUAUCUAUACAUUUAAAAACCAGCCGCCUGCGCCGCGUCAGAAAGACCUGGGGAGCGUCCUACCGCACGCGCGGGACACGAGCGCCCCACGCUCCCCAGAGCGCACGGCCAGCCAUCUCUUGCGCCUCGCUGUCUCCGGGCCCCAAACGACCUGGGACGCUUGCUUACCCUGGAGAGUAGCUCAGAGGCACAGUGCCACAGCCCCUUUUGGGGCGUGGCCGUUGUCCCACCGCCCCCAGUUCCUCUGCCUGCAUCUUCCUACGGUGUGUGGGGGCUCCGAGGAGGCUCCGGACGAGUGAAUGCGGGUGUGAUGGACAGCAGCGCGCUGACCCAGCCCGCGCCCCCCGCGCCUGGCGUCUCCAGCGGCUGCGCCGCUCGGCGGCGACCCGCGUCCCCAGAGCUGUUGCGCUGUAGCCGGCGGCGGCGACCGUGCGCAGAAGAGACAGGGGGUGGCGAAGCGGCCGUGGCGCGACGCAACGAGCGCGAGCGCAACCGCGUGAAGCUGGUGAACUUGGGAUUCCAGGCGCUUCGGCAACACGUGCCGCACGGCGGCGCCAGCAAGAAGUUGAGCAAGGUGGAGACGCUGCGCUCGGCUGUGGAAUACAUCCGCGCUCUGCAGCGCCUGCUGGCCGAACACGAUGCUGUGCGCGCCGCACUGGCUGGGGGGCUGCUGGCGCCAGCCGCGCGGCCCCCAGCGCCCCGCGGGCCGUCUGGGAUCCCCGCUGCCGCUGCUUCGCCCUCCUGCGCCUCGUCGUCCCCCGGCCACGGGGGCAGCUCGGAGCCCGGCUCCCCGCGCUCCGCCUACUCGUCGGAAGACAGCGGCUGCGAGGGCGCGCUGAGCUCAGUGGAGCGCGAACUGCUCGACUUCUCCAGCUGGUUAGGGGGCUACUGAGCGCCCCGCCUCGCGAGCAGCCCAGCCCUAGACGCUGAGCGGGCAGCGCGCUCACCAUUUGGGAGCCAGUAUGGUGGACGGCCUGCGCCUCCAUCCCUGCCUCAUGGCUGGCCAAGCCACAAUCGAGCCGGGACCCCGCCCGCCCACGCUACCCAGGCAGUCCAGCCUGACCACGUGCCAGUGUGGAAACGGUCCCCUUCCCGACCUGGCCCUGGGGGCAGCUCCCUCGGACCCCGACCGCCCCGCCCCGCCCCUGAGGCUCCACUGGGCUGGGGCUGAGGCACCAACACUCGGGAGGUUUCCCUGAACCAGAGAGAAGAUUUUGACGGCACAGAGCACCUACUUUUUAUACGUUAACUUGAACUGCCCAGGCAACACGAAGACUUACUUAUUUUUGUACAAAGACUCCUUAACUCGGAACACAAUAAAGAUUGUCUAGCCCUGCCCCACCCCCAGUACCUGGGGUUUUCCAACUUGGCCAAGAGGUGGAGACGGCAGCCCCCAAGGGACAGCGUCGCUGGCCGGGGUCCCCAUGCAGCACUCGGUUGACCCAACUGCGUAGAGACCCCUGUUAGAAAACCUGUUUUAGGGAAGGUGGACUUUAUAAAUAAACCAAUUCUGUGUGUCAGUGGUGUUGGGGGCCCUCCCCAGACCCUCAGACUCCCCAUUUCCCAGAUGAGGGCCAGGAAUAAGUAAGGUGGGAGGGUGGUGGCCCAGACUCUGGACCUUACAGGCCUGGCACUGUGGUCACUUAUCCCUGGACUCCACCCCCUCUUCUGUGGGAUGUGAGGUCUGGGAGGCCAGCUUGGUGGCUGCUGUGCCAAAGAAACUCGGGCACCUUGUGAGGCUACGGCUUCUGGCAGGAGUCAGCGGGCUGGUGGGUGGUCCAGGCAAAGCUCCUUCACAGCUGGGAAGUUGAGGUCUGGAGGCUGCUGACCAACACAGGCACUGGUGCAAGUGCCGGCUGUAGGACUGGACCCAAGGUGGCCUGACCUGACCAGCCACCCUCUGUCUCAGGGUCCAGGCUGCCUGGCUUCAGAUCUCCACUGCCUGCCACCUACUGGGUGGCCCUGGGCAAGUUGCUUAACCUGCAAAUGGGGGUGACAGCACAGCCCCCUUACAGGGUUAUGGGAUGAAUUAAGGAGAGGUGUCUGGCAGUGUCCAGCAUCCUGUACUAAGCCUCGAGCUACUGUUCCUGCAGCCUCAACCCUCAUGUGCUGUUCAGGCUGCAGGGGCCUGGGUGGCAGCAGCAAGGCCCUGCCCGCCUCCAUUUAUGGGCACUGUGAGAGCCACCCUGGAGAGGAACAAGGCAGGCCCCCUUCCCCCAGGCUCCCCCAGCUCAAAGGGCCCUCACAGAGAUGACUCAGCUCUACCUUUGACCUGGGCCUCGGCAGCU